GAGCGGUGGCCGUUGGGGCGCGCGCGCGCUCGCGCUCGCGCCGGCGGCACCUCCCGUCCUCCGCCGUCCCCUCCCUCAGUCCCGCUCGGCGGCCGCCGCGGCAGCACCCGCGGAGCCGGAGCCGCUCUGGGUAGCGCUGCCUCAUCCUGCUCUUCCUCCUCAGCUCCGCUAUCCCCCGGGCACGAUGCAGUUUAUGUUGCUUUUUAGUCGCCAGGGGAAACUGAGACUCCAGAAGUGGUAUGUCCCAUUAUCUGACAAAGAAAAGAAGAAAAUCACAAGGGAACUUGUUCAAACGGUAUUAGCCCGCAAACCGAAAAUGUGCAGUUUCCUCGAAUGGAGAGACCUGAAGAUUGUCUACAAAAGAUAUGCAAGUCUCUAUUUCUGCUGUGCUAUUGAAGAUCAGGACAACGAACUAAUAACUCUGGAAAUAAUUCAUCGCUAUGUAGAACUUCUUGACAAGUAUUUUGGCAGUGUAUGUGAACUUGAUAUCAUCUUCAAUUUUGAAAAAGCCUAUUUCAUUCUGGAUGAGUUCCUUUUAGGAGGGGAAGUUCAGGAGACUUCCAAGAAAAAUGUUCUUAAAGCCAUCGAACAAGCAGAUCUUUUACAGGAGGAUGCUAAAGAAGCAGAGACCCCUCGUAGUGUACUUGAAGAAAUCGGAUUGACAUAAAUCUUCAGCUGAUGCCAUCUCAGUGUUUCAUACUGUAAAUGUUCACUGCCAUCAUUGUAAUGUUUAGCUAAUGGUGUAAGAUGCUGUUUGUCAGUAUUACUGUUUUGCUAAGCUGCUUCUUUCAGGCCUACAAGAAAAAAUACUUCUUUUUAAAAAGGGAACAAGAAACCGAAGUUCAAAAUUCAUAAUGAAAGGGAAUUAGAUUUAAAUUGACUCAGUGUCUCCCUUCACUGCAUUUAUAGGAAAAUUGCAUUUGACUUCGAUAAGUGUACUGUUUUUUAUAAGGAAACUUGACUUCAGGAAAUAAAUGUAUUAUUAUGACAUAGCAUAGCAUAUCUAAAUGAAAAGAAACUACACAGACAACUCCAAAUAUGAAAUGUCAUGGUGUGGAAAUUGUGUUUAUGCAACCAAAGAAUUUGUUCAUCUACAUUUUAGUCACCGUUUAUGAUAAUUCUGCUUAUUUCAGUUGUUGCAUAAAGAAUGGAAAUAUCUGUUAACUACUGAAUUUGUCAUUAUACCAAAGAAUCCUGCCAGGAUCUGCAUAUCAAACUGGUAAACACUGUUAAGGUGAUAACUGCUUUUUGCAAGAAAACUGCAAAGUGAUUCGCUCACUAGACAUGAGGGUGUAUUUUAGUGUAGCUACCUUGAGCAAAACUGUACAAAUUACUAUACACAAAAGGGAAUGCAUGGAGGAAAGAAGGAAAAAAACUCAAAUAAGGAAGCUGUUUUUAGGUCUGAUAUUAGCUUUCUCUGACCAUGAACACAGGAAAGGAGGUCAACUUUCUGACUGAAUAGAGGGAUUUGCAUGAUGAAAAUCAAAUACUUUCAAAGAUGGGGAAGACGGAGUUUUACAAAAGGGACUUUUUAUUAUUUUCUUUCCAAGUUUACCAAUUACUUGUAUUUUUGAUGUUUUAUAGUUAAGCUUCAAUGGGUGUAUAGGUACCUGUAGGAAAAAGAAAAGGCCACACUAAGUGUCAAUGUCAUUUAACUGCUUUUCUUGAUUUACACCUUAAACGUGGCACAUCCCUUAGGAAACUCCUGCGUGAUGUACAGUUGAACCAACUAAUUUGCAGUGAGAGCUCUUAGGUAUUAGAUUUGUAUAGUAUAUUCAUUGCAAAUGUAAACUGAUAUCCAGUAAUAUUUUGACACUUUGAGCAGACUUUCAGUAAUUAUAAACUAAACCUGCUUUGAUUGAGGAAAUUCCACUGACAUGUGGUUUUGAGGAGGUAGGGCUGCACUUGGGAGCUGCCAAGUUCUGCUGUGUGUCUUCGUGCUCCCUGUGGAGGGGGGAUCAUCCCCUCCCUCCCCAGGAAUCUCGCUCUAGGAGUUGUGGCUCGUUCACUGCCUAGUGCCACAUUUUCACAAAGCUUGGCUCUGGCAGUGCUGAUGGCAGCAGCACUUCCGUGGCCCGCUGGAGAGCUGGGCUGUGGGCUCGAUGGGAUCACAGUUAAGUGGCACCCAGCAGGAAAAGUGCAGUGUUGCCACUUUGAAGGCCCCUGAUCCAGAUCCCAGCAUAAAUGCUUGUGGCAACAGAAAGGCCAGCCAGGGCAGGGCUGUGUGUGCUGCUCCCGUGGCAGUACCGGGGUGGUGCCCGUGAACUCGGGGCAUUAGAAGUUGUCUACUUAUGCCCAUUCUAGGAUUCACACUUAGAGAUUCCAGAUUGCAGGAGACUUUUGUCCCAGGGCAUCUCCCCAGUGCACAGUGGGCAGGAAUAGAUGAGGGGUGAAAUCGCAGUGGAAUGACCCUGUGUGUGAGAUUGACUUAAAUUAAGGUAAUUUUACUUCAAACCAGAAGCAAUUUUAUAUGUAUUAAACAUGUUUUUAAAGUUUACACUGUCACUUGUAUGUGCUUGGCUGAAUUAAGCUUUCUUGUGAUUGUGACAAACUGUUUGACCUCUGUCUGUCACAUUGGUUUAGUUGUAAUAAAUGUCCAUUUUUACACCAUU